UCGGCACUUCUAUCCGGACCGGGAGGCUCACACUCAGGGAGCGGGACAGGUUCACCCGGAGCGGGAGCAGCAGGGUCCGUGUUCCGGCUGCGGGCUGCCGUCAUGCUGGGCACGGUGAAGAUGGAAGGCCACGAAGCUCCGGACUGGAGCGGAUACUACAGCGAAGAGGUGUACUCUCCAAUGGCAGGCACCGGGAUGGGUUCUGGUCUCGGAAUGGCGUCCAUGUCUGGCUACAUGUCGAGUGGUGGCACCACGUCAGGCUCCUUCAACAUGUCGUAUAGCGGUACCGGUCUCAGUCCGUCCCCUGUAGGAGGGAUGGGGGGCUCCGCUCCAGCGCCUAUGUCAAACUUAGGUGGGGGUGUGGCUUCCAUGGGUGGGCCUCUGAGCCCGUCCAGUAUGAACUCGGUGUCAGCCCAGCAGGCCUCCUUGGGUCUGAACCCGUAUGGAAGCAUGAGUCCCAACAUGGGCUCCGGCAUGGCGUACGGUAGUGGUGGACUGAACCGAAGCCGUGACAACAAGACGUUCAGACGGAGCUACCCUCACGCAAAACCCCCUUACUCCUACAUCUCACUCAUCACUAUGGCGAUCCAGCAGGCACCAAGUAAGAUGCUGACUCUGAGUGAGAUCUACCAGUGGAUCAUGGACCUGUUCCCCUACUAUCGGCAAAACCAGCAACGCUGGCAGAACUCCAUCCGUCACUCACUGUCCUUCAAUGACUGCUUCGUCAAGGUUUCCCGUUCGCCCGACAAACCGGGUAAAGGUUCGUAUUGGACCCUGCACCCAGACUCAGGCAACAUGUUUGAGAACGGCUGUUACUUGCGACGUCAGAAGAGAUUUAAGUGCGAGAAGAAGAUUCCAGGGAAACCAGACGGGAGGAAGGAGCAUAUGGGAGCAGGGGGUGGCCGUUGUACCUCUCCUGCCGGAGAUUCUGCCAAACCUGCUGGACUUCUGGACUCAUCUGUGGCCUCCUCCAGCCAGACGGGCUCCCCUGCCGGCCUGGAUCUGAGGGGAGGAGUUGGAGGUGUGUCUGACCUGAAAGUAUCCAGCUCUCAGUUACUGUCUUCCCUAUCACUUCCUCCGCACUCCAUGGCCCAUGAAACUCCUCUGCAUAUAAAAGGAGACCCCCACUACUCUUUCAACCACCCGUUUUCCAUCAACAACUUAAUGUCAUCCUCGGAGCAGCAGCACAAACUGGACCUGAAGGCCUAUGAGGCUCUGCAGUACUCUUCUUACAAUGGUGGGGGGGCGUCUGGCCUUGGGGGGAGGACCAUGGAGCCUCUUGAGGCCUCCUACUACCAGGGCAUGUACCCCAGACCGCUCCUGAACAGCUCAUCAUAGCCGCUGAAUGGCGAGCACUUCCUGUCUGGACUUGGACCUUCUGCAUGCAGCUGUCCUGGACUUCCUGUCUGAUAGUGUUGAUACUGACCUGUAAGCUAAAGAGAACUCCCCGCACUGUGACCAAACCUUGACACUGACAUAUGAAUCCUCAGCAAAUUAAAAUUGACCCCAGGUCUGUGGUCUUCUUUCAUGCUUUUAAGAUACUUUCAGGUCUAAAAACAUCAAUGCAGGAUCUCAUUGGUCACAUUUAUGCCUCCAAAACAGGCCAAGAUCUGUGAGCUCAGGAUCUGGAGGAAUGUUGCUGUUGCGGAAUUUGGACUAUAGCACUGAUGGAUCGUUUCUAUUGCAUUAUUCCAAACAUUUUGACCUUUAGUGAAGUUGUUGUUGUUUGAAAUGCUUUAGUCUGGUUUGGGGCAUGCUGUUUUAUUCAAAACAUAACCUCUCGAUUGGUUAACCCCUUACCUGCCAUGAGGACACCGGUGUCCUCAUGGCAUGAGGACAAUGGGUCCAUGAGGACACCGGUGUCCUCAUGGACCCAUUGACUUGCAUGUAGGUGUUUCUGGAGUGACAUUUAAGGGGCACAAGAUGAAAUCAUGGAAUGUUUGAUCUGGUUGAGGCUCUAUCAUCCCCCUCACUGUAGAAUCAUUCAAAUAGGUAAACUAUCUUUUGAUAAAUAAAAAAUAUUUUUUUUCUUUUGUUAAACAGUCAAAUUUUACAGAACUUCUGAGAUAGAUUGUCUUCCUAGGACCUUAAUUCAAGUGUUGGUGUAAGACUGACAGAUAUUAUGUUUUUCUUUAUGAUUUCGGUUUAUUGUUGAUAGUACCAUAUAACCUAAUGCAGACUGGGUCAGACACAGUUAUACCUGUUGUUACAAAAUGUUGACAAGAUCCCAGAAAUAUUAUGUUCAUUUUCACUGAAUCACUGCAGCUUCACACACAGAUGUUGGUUGUGCUCAGUGGCAUACAAUACGCAACUAUCCAAACCUAAAUAACUCAUGUUUUAAGAAUUAGUGCAUUGCUAAGGCAGAAGCUGAUGAGCGAGGCUGAAAAGCAAGUUGAACUUAAAGCUCCAAGCCUUCAGUUCUCCCGGUCCAGAACGUGCCAAAUCAUCCACAUUCUGUCCCAGUUGUUUUCAACCAGUCUGAGGUCAGAGGUCACCUGGAUAUGAUAAUGUGCCUAUUGUGCCGGUGUUUACAGAACGGAUCAAGAACCAAGAUCAGAAACCAUAUUUCUCUGUAGAGCAUGAUGAGGAUUUAUUUCUCCCACGACCUCCUUUGGAUCUCUGGUGACCUCCUGAGGGGUCGCGGCCCUCAGUCUGGACACAUGAAUGGUGUUUUAUUUAAGGGGUCGAUUUGUGUAAAAUAAAAGACGGAGAGGUUUGGGGGAGGGAUCUAUAUAAAUGAUGAGGAUGGCUGAUCAAUAAUAAGCUCUCUCUCUCUCUGUAGUUGAACAUGAACUGAUCUCGUUAAGAUGAACUAAAGCAGACUUCAGUCACACACACGAAAAAUAUCUCUUCUGUGUUCUGUCUGACCAGAACUUCAACUUGAUUAUCAGAAAAAAAUCAAAAACCGAUUAGAUUUCUGUUCGUCAAAUGACUCAUGAAGCUCAAUCACUGGGAGAAGUGGAUCUGAAGAGUUUAUGCAGAGUAUUCACAUACUUUGUAAAUAUCUUCCCUUAGACAACGAAAGUCAUCAUUUAGUUAGACAACAGACACGCGUAAAAGAGAUGAAAUGAUAUUUCAUAUUUUUUUGUAAAUUAGUAUUAUUUAAGAGAGUAAAUGACAGCAGUACUCAUAGUUCGAGUGAACCUUGUGUGUUCAUUUCCAUGGCAUCCAUACAGAAGAAAAGAUGAUUUUUCCCUUUUAAAAAAAGUUUUUUUUUUCUGUCUCUGACCCAAAACAGAGAGACUAAUCCUGUAUCAGCGAACGCCGCAGCAGAGCCAGCAGAACCGUGGCAGCGCUCCAACUGUCUCACCAGCAGAAAAAAUCCUCCCAGUUGCAAUGUCAGAACAACACACUGCUUAACACACACAAACACGCCGGCGUUUGCUACAUGGUGUUGCAUGUUCAGGUGUCUGGUGUGACCUCUGACACUGGAGGCUCAUCAGAGGAACACGCCACACUGCACGGUCUGUUGGUUAGGGAGCAGCUUUAUGAUCACUCUGAUCCUGAAUCGAUGUUUGAUGACUCGACACAAUCACUUCCUGUUCCAGGCCACGCCAUUAUUCCCAUCUGCAUGAACGGAGCGAGUGCUGUUCUCUUCUUUGUUUGGAUUUUUAUUUGACUUCUGAAAGAGAAGCCCUGUUUUAUCACCCUGCCCUCCCUUCUUGCUGCGCCUCCUUGUUGUGUUUUCGGUCUUUGUUGGUUUUGAUUCUGCAUGCAUGUUCUUAACUUAUUCUGUCAUUUUCAAAUAAAACCGACGAAUACAAGAAAUAUUUGCUUUCUGGCUGAUGAUUGCUAAAGGUCAGUUUUAAUGUCCAAAUCAUUUUGUUUUGUCAGUUAAGGCUGAUCAGUUGGAAGGCUGGUUUAAUAUGUAGAAACUUUGAGUUACUGUAAUUAGAACUUGAUAUAGUUUCAUGCCCAAACUGAUCAGUUGAUAAAUCUAUUUUAAUUCAGUUUAGUUCAGUUCUGAGAGCCAAAUUUCUUUCCAUUACAGGAAAAAAUAGGUUCUGUUCAUAUCAAGUUAUACUGUAGAUACGCGACUGGUUCCUAUUUAGCCUUACAUGAUGAACUAAAUGUGUGACAUGGUUGUUUUCUCUUGGCUAGAAUUAAUCUAAGCCAUGUGUCAAACUCUAGGCUUGUGGGUCAAAUGCAGCCCUCCAUGACCCCAUAGAGGGCCACACAAACAGAACUUUAAGACAAUAAUUGUGUGCUUAAAUAUUAUUUUAUAAAUAAAAAGAUAUCAGUUUUUAUUUGGACAGUGUCAAAUUACAUAAUUGUAAAAAGAUGUUAAAUAUAAUUUCAUUUGAACACAGAGAACAUUAUAACAUUUUCACAGUUUCAUGACAUUCUGCCUCAACCGGCCGUCAUACGGACAACAAAAUGAAAAUGGUUUUCACUGAAAUGGACCAAACUGAAUUCUGCAUAACUCCACAUGAAUUGGACAUGUCCUUGAAAAGUUAUUUCAAAUAAUAUCUGUUGUUAUUUGUGCAA